AUGGGCCCGCGGUCGAGCGCCGAGUCGUCGAGCGCCGAGUCGGAGUCGAGCGACCCGCUCUCGCGGGACGACUACACUCGGGUCAUCGAGCUGCUGCUGCCCGCAUCGGGCUACCUCGUGCACGAGCUGACCGGCAUGGGCGGCUUCGGCAACCCGGACGGCACGCACACCACGCACAUGGGCAUCGUGCGGCUCGGGCCAGACACGCAGCACCGCCGCAUCGACAUCAAGGUCUAUCCCUCCGCCACCAUCUCCGCCGCCAUCAUCCACUUUACCGGCAGCGCGCAGUUCAACCGCUUCCUCUCGCGCGCCGCGCGCGAGCUCGGCUACUACCUCUCCUCGGACGGCCUCUUCAAGCUGCCUCCAAACCACCCCACGCGGGCGCCCCGCCCGCCCAACCUCGCGCCGCUGCGCUGUCCCGAGGAGCGCGACAUCUUCGACCAGCUGGGCCUGCUCUACGUCGAGCCGACGCGGCGCAAGGACAAGUCGGACGUGCUCCUGCCGGAUGGCACGCCCUUCUGGAGCACGAAGGCCGGCGCGGCCGCUAGAGCGGCAGCCAAUCCCGCGCUGAGGUGA